AUGGCCCUGCCAGGGCUGGCUCUGGGCUUUCUGCUGGUCCUCACCCCUCUGCUGGGGACACGGGAGCAGAGAGAUCCUGCUGCCCGAGCCCGACGAGGAGCCAGGGACGCAGAAACAUGCCAAAGGCCCUUGUGGGACCCCAGACUCCGUCUGACACCAGACCAGGAGGAAUACAGCAAGAAUGAAGAAGUGACACUGAGCUGCCCCAAGGUUUUCCAGCCACCCUUCACCCAUGUCAGAUGUACUGGGGAAGUGCAGCCCAACAUUCACGGGAAACCUGUGUACAUCGAGGAGUGGCUGGGAAAGGGCAGGGGAGGUGCCUGGAUCCGCAUUCGCUCCAAGGUGGAGUGCGUGGAGGCCUUCCAGGUUGUGCCUGGGACCUUGGAGGUUUCCACCACCGGCAUCAAACUGAACUGGACCUGCAGUCUGCCUGAUGCCUGCCAGCGCAUGCAGGCCACGUGCAGGCUGGCAGGGCCUUCCUCCUCUUCCUGUGAUGCUGAGGAGGUCACAGCAAAGGAGAUGCUGCACGGCCAAAAUGGAACAUUUACCUGUCCCCCUCUGCAGCCCUUCACUGUCUACAGUGUCACCAUCUCAGUGCCCCCGAACACAAUCCUGUUCACACGGUUCCUGAGGACAAAGGCAACAGUGCCCGAGAAGCCGGCGCGGCUGUGGCUGGAUGCCAGCACGGGGACGCUGCGGUGGCAGGCGCUGCCCUCCUGCAAAGGGGAGAUCCUUGGAUACCAGCUGAACGUCACAGCCAGGAGCGUGCAGGACGGCAGCUUCCUUGAAUUCCAGCAGGUGACAGUGAACAGCUCUGUCACCCAGUACACGCCACCUCGUCAGAUGCCGGGGAGCAAAUACACGGUGACAGUCCAGGGCCUGACGGCUGCUGGUGCCGGCGAUGCAUCCCACCUGGAAUUUCAAGCCUAUGUCUCGGGCACAUGCCAGAAGCCCUGGUGGGACACAAGACUCCGUCUGGCACCAGACCGGGAAGAGUACAACAGGAACGAAGAAGUGACGCUGAGCUGCCCUGAGGGUUUCCAGCCGCCCUUCACCCACGUCAGAUGUGCUGGGGAAGUGCAGCCCAACAUUCACGGGAAACCUGUGUACAUCGAGGAGUGGCUAGGAAAGGACCCGGGAGGUGCCUGGAUCCACAUUCGCUCCAAGGUGGAGUGCGUGGAGGCCUUCCAGGUUGUGCCUGGGACCUUGGAGGUUUCCACCACCGGCAUCAAACUGAACUGGACCUGCAGUCUGCCUGAUGCCUGCCAGCGUAUGCAGGCCACGUGCAGGCUGGCAGGGCCUUCCUCCCCUCCCUGUGAGGCUGAGGAGGUCACGGCACAGGAGAUGCUGCACGGCCAUAAAGGAACAUUUACCUGUCCGCCUCUGCAGCCCUUCACUGUCUACAGUGUUACCAUCUCAGUGCCCCCCAGCUCAAUCCUGUUCACACGGCUCCUGAGGACAAAGGCAACAGUGCCCGAGAAGCCAGAGCGGCUGUGGCUGGAUGCCAGCACGGGGACGCUGCGGUGGCAGGCGCUGCCCUCCUGCAAAGGGGAGAUCCUUGGAUACCAGCUGAACGUCACAGCCAGGAGCGUGCAGGACGGCAGCUUCCUUGAAUUCCAGCAGGUGACAGUGAACAGCUCUGUCACCCAGUACACGCCACCUCGUCAGAUGCCGGGGAGCAAAUACACGGUGACAGUCCAGGGCCUGACGGCUGCUGGUGCCGGCGAUGCAUCCCACCUGGAAUUUCAAGCCUAUGUCUCGGAGCUCCAGCCCUAUGAAAACUCGGACCAUUACUGUGUGAUCAAGGAGAGAUUUCUGGCUGAAGAAGACGCAGGACUCCAUGCAGUUCCCCUCUCCUUCAUACCCUUGACUCUUGCCAGCUCUCCUAAUACUGUCUUGGAAGACGUCAAACUGCUGUGA